AUGAAUGACACUCUCUUUUCAAUUAAAACUUUCAAUUAUGUUAUCUCAAAACCUGGCUUUCAACAAACAAUAUCUUAUGAUUUUCAAAUUCCAUUGGCUGAAAAUUCGCUAGGAUCUGAUUUCUUUGGACAUUUAUUUGCAAAACAGAAAGUCCCUUUAUUUGCAUUCGAAAAUGCUUUGAAUAAUUUUGUAUAUGAUGAGACAAAUAAAUAUACUUCUUUAAUUGCUGAUGAAUUAUUAAAAGAAAAAUUGGCUCAAUUUGGGGAUGAUUCUUCAAAAUUGGCUUUAGAAUUAAAUAAUGAUAAAUUGGAUGGACAACAUUCAAUUGGAUUAUUUUCCAAAGGAGAACUUUCUUUUGAGGAACAAUUUCAAAAACUAAUAAAUAAAUGUUCUACGCAUCAAUUAGCUAAUUUAAUUAAAGAAGAGACUGAAAUGACAAAUGAUGUUCGUUCAAUUGUACAUGCUAGAGAUUUUGAAUUAAAUCGUCUUGAAAAAGCUUGCGAGGCAAGUCUAGCAGCUACUUCUACUCCAGAUUCUGAUAAAUUUGAUGAAUAUUCUCGUGAACUGUCACAGCUUAACGCGGAAAUUCGUCGAGUAGGCGCUGAUUUUUCAUGCCGAAUGGAAGAACUUCGUCAAUAUCAAAGAGAAAAAUAUCGUUCAUUAGUUAAAAAUUUGAGUCAAAAUGUUGAAAAUUCUCUCCUUUCAACUAAACGUCAAAUUCCAGAAAAGAAAAUGUCAACACCUGAACAACACAGUUCUUCACUUAAUUAUUCUCCUAGUUGUGGAUUUCAACAACAAUUUACUAAUAAAAAUUUAAUAUCUUUAAAAAAGUCAAUAUCGUGUGAAGAAAAAAUUUCCCAACUUUGUCUUUGUGAAAAGGGUAAUAAAUCAUCUUUUGUUGGACGUCAAUCAGAAAGUUUUUCAAUAUAUAUAGGUUCUCAACUCAAAACUCGGCAUAAUGUUCGUCUUUUAACUUGUAAUUGUUUAUCUGAUUUGUGUCUUUCACAAACUUUUGAAGAUUUUUCUCAUCGAGAAGAAUUAUUAGGCUCUAAACGUCUUCAUCUUUUAAUGAAUUUAUAUGGAAGGGAACUUUCUGCAACAGUCUUAAUUGUUGGAAGAGAUCCUUUAUGGCAUAUUAAACAAAAAACAGAAUUUGCAAAACUUUGUGAACAAUCAGCAGAAUUACAUUUUGAUUCUCUUGAAGCACAAUUAAAGGCUAUUGAAGAACAUGUUAGAUCAUCAAAUCGAAGUCGGCGUUUAGCUAAAAAUUUAAUAGGAUAUACUUCUCCAUUCUUUCCCUAUUUUUCUUCAUCCCAACAAGAUUUUGAGGAUGAUAAUGAAGAUGAAGGCAUUUUAAAAAUUGGAGAUGUUUAUUUAACAAAACAUUCAAAUCUUUCUUCUGUUCAAAUUAUUUUUCAUUUAGUUGGAGAUGAUAAAUUAGAAAAAGAAGAAAUAUCUUCAAGACAUCCUUGUGUUGCUGGUCUUCAUAAUAUUGUUAGAUUAUCUUCUCGUUUUGCAAUUAGAAAUAUUUCUUUACCUCUUUUAUUGGUUGAUCAAUUUAAUGACGAGUUUUUGUCAUCAGAAAAUAUUAAUAUAAAUAUUUGGUGUCAAUCUCGUGCAGAACUUGUUUUUAAAUGUUUAAAAGGGUUUUUGAUGGAAGUUUGUUCAAGCGGAUCAAGUUGUUCUUUAGCUGGAGGUGCUAAUUCUGGACCUAUCCAAUCUUUACAUUUUAAUAUUAAUUUUGCCAUAACUUUUUCUAAAUUACUUCCAGAUUCUUUCUUAUUUCAACAAUUGACUGAUUUAUUUACUUCUAUUUAUUAUUUAGUUCCUUCUUUAAAUGCUUAA